UUUUUUUUUGCCUGACAAGUAUAAAUAUGGGCUCUGUUUUGACUGUUAGAUAGUUUGAGCCCUUUUGUUUUUGUCAUCCCCAAAAAGUCAAAAUGUCCCGUGUAAAUAACAGACUGCCUUGUUUGCCAUAACUGUUCGAGGGCAGACAUUGUUAAAGAUAUUGUUCAACUAUAUUUCAGGAUAUAGUUAGAUUUAUUUUUGUUUUGUUUUGUUCACUUAAAACCGAAGAGGAAGUUUCAUCUGGAAACCUCUCUGUAAGGUCAACUUAAAGCUUAGAGAAGGUCUACGUUAAGGUGAGGUAGCAGCCAUGGUGUUGAUUCUGGGCAGAAGGAUGAACAGGGAGGACUCUGGGAUCAGAGACUCACCAGCUGUCAAACGAAAGGUUUUUGAGGUUGACUCCAAAACCUUUGCCAGCCAGGAUGUCUUGGACUUCUGUUCUGGCUCAACCCACUCUGAGGGCAUUCUGCAGGUAUUCAAUGAGUUUCGUGACUGCCGCCUGUUCACUGACGUUGUCAUCAGUGUGCAGGGCCGUGAGUUCCCCUGCCAUCGCGCUGUGCUCUCUGCCUGCUCCUCCUACUUCAGAGCCAUGUUCUGCAACGAUCACCGUGAGAGCCGCGAGAUGCUGGUUGAGAUCAACGGCAUCCUGGCUGAGGCAAUGGACUCCUUCCUCAGCUAUGUUUACACCGGUCGUGCCAAAAUCACCACAGAGAAUGUCCAGUUCCUCUUUGAGACCUCGAGCCUCUUCCAGAUCUACACACUGCGUGAUGCCUGUGCCAAGUUCCUGGAAGACCAGCUGGACCCUUGCAACUGCCUGGGCAUCCAGCGCUUUGCAGAUGCCCAUGCCCUGAAGCAGCUAGCCAGCCGAUGCCGCAGUUAUGCCAUUGCCAACUUCUCAGACGUGGCUCAGCAUGAGGAAUUCCUCGACCUCCACAAAGAAGAGCUGGAAGAAUACGCUGACAGUGAUGAACUGGCCAUCGGUAAGGAGGAGGAGGUGUUUGAGGCAGUGAUGAGAUGGGUGUACCACGAUGUGGAGCAUAGAAAGCCCAUGCUUAAGGCCUUGCUUCACCAUGUGCGACUGCCCCUUCUGCACCCCAACUACUUUGUCCAGACAGUGGAGGGAGACCAGAUUAUCCAGAAUGCUCCGGAGUGCUACCAGCUUCUUCAUGAAGCCAGACGCUACCACGUGCUCGGAAAUGAAAUGAUGUCACCCAGAACUCGUCCACGCAGGUCGACUGGAUAUUCUGAGGUGAUUGUAGUGGUGGGGGGUUGUGAGAGAGUGGGGGGCUUCAACCUGCCCUACACUGAAUGCUAUGAGCCAGUCACAGGAGAGUGGAAAUCCCUGGCCAAACUACCUGAGUUCACCAAGUCAGAGUAUGCUGUCUGCGCCCUCCGCAAUGACAUUCUGGUGUCAGGUAAGACCCCACUACAUCUGUUACAGACCAUUCAAUAUUUAUGCUCCGCUUGCAAGAAUGGAGAAACAAGGCUGGGUGUUGUAAACAAGCCUUGCUUUUGUGUUUUCCCUCAGGUCUAUGCUGUAGGGGGCUAUGAUGGCCAGAGCCGCCUGAGCAGUGUGGAGUGUUAUGACUCCUUCUCCAACCGCUGGACGGAGGUGGCUCCCAUGAAAGAGGCGGUCAGCUCUCCAGCCGUGGCCAGCUGUGCCGGCAAGCUUUUUGUCAUAGGAGGAGGGCCUGAUGAUGACACUUGUUCAGACAAGGUUCAGUGCUACAAUCCAGAGACAAACUCUUGGUUACUGCGGGCCAAUAUCCCCAUCGCCAAGCGCUGUAUCACAGCAGUGUCCCUCAACAACCUGAUCUAUGUGUGCGGGGGUCUCACAAAGUCCAUAUUCUGUUAUGACCCCGCAGAGGACUACUGGAUACAUGUUGUUCACACCUUUAACAAACAGGAGAGCUGCGGCAUGUCAGUGUGCAAUGGCAAGAUCUUCAUCCUUGGUGGUAGGGGGGAAACUGGCGAAGCAUCAGACAACAUCCUGUGUUACGACCCAGCAUCAGGGAUUAUCACAGGAGUGGCAGCCAUGCCGAGGCCGAUCUCCUACCAUGGCUGUGUAACCAUCCACCGCUACAAUGACAAGUACCACAAGAUCUGACCGUAAACAAGCACACACACUAAAGAACUUAAACUCUUUAAAAACAUAAACUCUUCAAGUUCAUCCCCUGCACAACACAAACACACACUUCUUUAUAACAUGCACAUUAAGGGGCUCAGUCCACAGUACCGUUGAGCUAAUUUAUUUUCUCACCGCAUCAUGUAGCAAUACUCAAUGCAGUGCUGUUAAUUUUUUGCUGUUGUGUAAAAGUUUUAGCCUUUCUCUGCAAAUGCUAAGUGGUUGAUAAUGCUAAUGACUGUAACCUGAGCUAAAGUGUAGUCGGAUCAACAUGGCAGAUCUGCCUUGCAUUAGUAGUAACUGCACAAGGCUGGGAAGUAAUGGAUCACAAAUCUGACACUGUGAAAAAGCCCGGUCUUAGAAGAAAACACAGGGUCCGUAAACGUCUAACAAAACACUAAGGGCACAGGCUGUGCACCAAAUACACCAAAGCAAAAAGUAAGCAAAAGUUAGUUCAGUUUAUUACAUGGCCUUGUUGAAUACUUCAUUUUCAUUGGUCAAUCACAACAUUCUAUGGUCAGAUUUUUUUCCCAUAUAAAGGGGCGUGACACACCAACCAGACAACUGACUGUUGGCAGAAAAAGCAGUCUGACUGACUGCCUUCCUGAGUUGGCCAAGAAUAGUGUCUCGGAACACACCAAAGCGAUGCCGACUAAUGAUGGCAGAUGAUUGGAUGUGUCAUAUGGGUCUGGUUUCUCCGGAAAUUCGAAGUCAGACUGUCAUGUUCUUGUUCAUAAUACAAUCUCAUAUUUUACUAAAAUAGUUCACCGAAACGUGUUUCUGAAAACAUUCAAAGCGAGAAAUAGGCCAUGCAGUUGCUGAAUCUGUCUUCAUUUCAGAUCGACAAAGGUCAGUUUAAAAGAUUUUUGUCCGAUUUUGAGAGACUUCUACUCAUCUCGCUCGUCAUUUCCGGAUUAGCACUCCACCAAUCAGAUUGGUCAAUUGAGUCUGACUGCUGGCAGAGCCCGCCUCCCAACUGAGCAUGUUAGAUCGGCCAAAAUGAAGGCCAACGGACGAUGGCACGGAACACACCAAACAGACUCGAGUCACCGACCUUGCCAGACGGACCUUACAGACCUAUGUUAAAGGAGAAUUCUGGUUGAUUUCAACACGUAGCUCUGUUGUUUGGAAAUUUGGAGUGCUGUCAGUAGAGAAAAACAAUCAGCGCUGGCUACACCGAGUUAGCACCCAACAGGCUUAAACAGGGCAAGUUUUACACAUGUU